GACAAAAAGAAACAAACCAAUAAUACAUUUAGUUUUCAUUUAACACUACAUGACCUUGACAGUAAUUUGUGCAAUAGAAUGUAAUUUAAAUCAACGAAUCAUAACGCAUAAUUAUUUUAGGGACCAACCUGUGUAUUAUACCUAUUGUAACAGUCGCCUCAUGCACUAAUUUAUGGUUAUCCGUGUCGAUUGACUUAAAAGUCAUCCAGAAAGCAAAACGCUCUUCAUUCUAACGUUAAUCUUCCAAUCUAUUCUGUGCCUCUAUUGGUUCCUAAGCGCUUGGAAUCACAAGACAAAAAAAAAUUGCUCUUUUCUGCAGAGAUACUCAGAACUGGUGCAAAGAAAAGUCUUAUAUCAGUCUAGUUAUGAUGGACUCAUAGAAAGUCAAAGGAGUUUCGUUUAUGAUACUGAUUAAUCAACAGUAACGAGUAAAAGGAGCAGAAAGAGAGACUAGAAAUAUAAAGAAUGGAGAUAUAUCCGUUUGAGGGGGAUGAGAAAGGUAAUGACACGUUGCUGGACCGCUUCAACAUCAACUACCUCCUGUUCUACGACAAUGACGGGGAAGGAAACUUCUCCGCUGGCAACAACACCAAUGGGUCAUACCUCAACCACACCGUCAUCAUCGUCAGGCCGGAUUUUCUGUACCCCAGUGGCUACUCUAUGCCUCACAUCAUCAUCGCUUCAAUAGUAGUGACCUUGCUCAUGAUUGUAGUGGUAGUCGGCAAUAUGCUGGUCAUAAUUGCCAUAGCAACAGAGAAAGCUCUGAAGAAUAUACAGAAUUGGUUUAUAGCUUCGUUGGCGGUUGCAGACUUCUUCCUUGGAUUGGUUAUCAUGCCGUUCUCUUUAGCUAACGAAAUAAUGGGGUACUGGAUUUUUGGGAACUGGUGGUGCGAUGUUCAUAGUGCGAUGGACGUCCUGCUGUGUACAGCAUCCAUCAUGAAUCUGUGCCUCAUUUCUCUGGACCGAUAUUGGUCCAUUACCCAGGCGGUGGACUACCUGAAGAAGAGAACACCUGUCAGAGCAGCUGUGAUGAUCACACUUGUCUGGAUACUCAGCGGUCUCAUCUGUAUACCGCCGCUUCUUGGCUGGAAGGUGGACCGUCCUGUCGAGGAAUUUCCCAAAUGCCAGCUGAGUGAGGACAUCGGCUACGUACUCUACUCGGCACUUGGUUCCUUCUACAUCCCGAGUUGCAUCAUGGUGUUCGUGUACAUCCGGAUCUACUUCGCUGCGAAGGCACGGGCAAGGAGAGGUAUCCGCAAGCAGCCGCGUCCCAGACAGCCACCGGAAGAGAAGUGCACGAGCUUCACCACGGUGCCAGCACAAGGUAGCGGUGACAGUAGCAAGCAAGUAGGAGGUGCUAGUGGUGACGUGAACAGUAACUCUCCCAUGAGGAACGUAGUGGUGGAGGGUGGAGUGACGCUUGAACACGGGGGGAUAGCUACAAUAGUGACGCAGCCUCCACAACCCAUGUCCAUACCCAUAGUGACUUGCGACUUCGCGUCGGAUAUCAGUACAAGUGACAACGCGGAGGGAACCACUGGACAAGAAAACGAAAAUGGGGGUAGAUACUUAGAAGCGCCUAAAGACACAUUAAAAGUAUUUGGCACUGGGCCGACGAUGACUGUGACGAAACACCCGCUUCAGUCAUGUCAGUUUCGUGGAUCUACUUUGUCCGUGAACGGUGACGUAGCACAGCAGCAGGCCGCUAUGACGCGGUGUAGGGCGCCAAGCGUCGGUAUAGACACGGAUAUGGUGAGUGAGUUCGAUCCGUCGUCAUCUGACUCCGGAGUGGUCAGUCGAUGUGCCGUUGUCAAACCUCUGAAGUUGAGGCUAUGCAAGCCGAUAUUUGGACGUCGGACAACGUCCAAAGCGAAAAGAGAAGUAAUUGACAUGGGUAAAGCCUCUCCUGGUCACGGGAACCAUCCGGGUAGUGACGGAAAUAUUACGGAAAACGUUCCCAGAAUUCAGAAACCACGUGAUCCGGAGAGAGAGAAACGGAGAUUAGCGAGGAAAAAGGAGAAGAGGGCGACCUUGAUUCUCGGAUUGAUCAUGGGCUCCUUCAUCGCUUGUUGGCUUCCGUUCUUUUUCCUAUAUAUUCUGACGCCAAUGUGCGCCUGGUGCCAGGUACCAGAGAGAGCAUUCGCCACCGCGUUCUGGCUUGGUUACAUGAACUCUGCCCUCAAUCCCGUCAUAUACACCAUCUUCAAUAAGGACUUCCGCCGGGCGUUUCGGAGAAUCCUGUUUAAGUGAUGUUUGUUUGUGGUUUUCUGCUGGCUGUGCGCCAGAGUUAGGCGUACAGACGGCAGAGACAAACCCACCAAACACAAGAAAAAGAAGAAAAAAGAAGAUAUUCGUAGAUGAUAAGACAAAAAAUAUCAUUUUUUAUCCUCAGAGAAAUCUGGCGCACUCCCAGAUACUUCUAAAUAGCUGAUGUGUCAGUGAAACUAAGUUGCAAGACGAUGAGUAUUAUAUCAUACACAUAAACAAAAGAACGCCGCAGUGAUAUACACCAGAUACCUUCCCUUCUAUGGUUGCAUCUUCUUUCCUACUUUAAAAUAGUUUAGUGACGGAAUUGUGACCGUUAAAUUAAUUUGAGAAAGCUUUUGGAAAGUGCCUCAGUUUAAAUGGAAGAGGUGAACUACCUGCCGUUAGCAUGCGGUGGUUGCAGAACGAGAAAACCACAGCGAAACAGGUUGUUCAGUUCUUUAUAUUGACGACGGAAUUGGGAAGUGCUCUUCAACUUGAUGGACUGGCUUCGAUUAAGAAACAUUAAUAUUGUCUUCUAAUUUCUUAAGCGUUUCAUUUAAUACUAAAACCAGGCUAGUUGACAUGAUUAUAGUAAUAUGAAAGGGCAAAGUUAAUGUAUUGUAUUAAAUUUGAUACGCUGAUUUCAGAUUUUGACACAAAAAUUUUGCAUCGCGUUACAAUUUUAUGUACUGAAUUACAGUUUCUUGUUCUUUCUUAAUGUCUUUAUAAUUUGUUGUGGACGUUAAUAUGAGAAAAUAAUAUUUUGUUUGUGAAUAAAAUUUAUUGAUUUUUAAUUAAGAUCAUUAUUUUAAAUUAUUAAACAAACAGUAAGUGGGUCAUCACAAGAUUGUGCGUAAUGAUAAUUUUUAAUGUCAUUUUUUCUUAUCAGCUUACCAGAUUUAAUACGAAGUAACUUAUUUCGUAUAUGUUACAAGAAAUAUUAAUAAUUUUUGUUCUCUGUUACUGGUAACAACGCGCUGGUGGGUGGAGACAGUGAUAAAAGUAAUUAGUUAACUUACGUACUUCUGAACAUAAGCCACCUGUGAUACACGUAAUCCUUUUCUGCUGUUAACACGGAUGCAGGUCUGCUCCUGCAUUAAUGAUAGAGACCCACAGAGCUCAAUACUGGCAGGUCCUUUGUUGCAGCUCUAUGCCGUAAUACUCCACCAGCAAGUUCAUUGAUUAGGCUACAUGUUUCUACGUCCUUUUGUUCUCCUUUGUGAUGUUAGAAUCACGUUUCCAUGUAAAGGCAAGUGAUCUGUCUCUAUUGUAAGAAUUAUAUAUCCGAAGUGGUUAUGUUAGGAAAAUGUGAUUUAACUCUUCUUCCAUUGUUGGUUUGAGUUGAACCAGUGGUAGUGAAGAUAGACCAAACCUUGUAUAAUGAAGAAGAAAUUUUUAAAAAAAGGUUAGAUUUUAUAUAUAUAUCACAUCACCGCCAUCAAAUCAUUUUAUAACCUGAGCAAUUUAAAUAUUUCUAUUAAAAAUAAUUGAAGCAGUAGUAACAUUUUUUCCUGUUACUCUAAUUAAUAAAAUUAAUAAUUGGAAUAAACAUGAAUGAGAGUAAGAAUAUUUAUGCUGUCUUUUGUCUAAACUAAUUCGCAGUACUCGUAUGUGUGGGAACUUGUUACAGAAUAGAAGUGAAUUCUAAAAUCAACAACAGUUAGAUGAAUGAGAUAAGGAAACCACGCAUUGUAUCUCACAUUGUUGCACUGAACAUAUAAUGGAGCAAUGACUUAUACUGUGAUAUUCAAGGAUAUUCUUUCUCAGAUUUUAACUUUAGAAUAUUAAUUUUCCUUAAACUUCUGUUGUACAACUGAAUCGUAUUGUAAACUGUCAUGAUUGGAUCUACAUGGUUUAAAUAUGCAUUAUUAAAACAUUGUCUUCUUUACUGGCGUUAUAGCCAUGUUUAGAUCUUGGCCUCCUUUAUGUUUUCCUAACAGUAACUUUUCUCAGGAUGAGGUUGUUAACCCAACGCCCAACACCCAAACUGAAAGAACAAGGACUAAACUUCGUCUGGCCCCGAUCCCAUUAUCCCUAUGUCUUGAGUGGCUCUACCAGGAGCUUACG